AUGGAUUCAUCCACACAUAAAAAUUCAGUUAUUAAUUUAAUUUCAAAUCGUUUUACGUCAUAUACUUAUGAACAAAAACUUGAAAUAAAACAGCUUGGAAGACCUACACCUGAUUUGAAAGGACUGAUCAAUAAAGCGAAAAAAGGUGUAACACAUUUGGGUCAUUUAUCUGAAAAAAUUAAAAAACACGAGAAUUCUUUUAAACACUUACAAAAUGAAGCUAAUCUUAAAGUACUCGGUACCAUCAAUAUUUUCGAUAAAAUUGACUCGGGCUAUAAAAUUAGAAUUCAACGUCAUAAUGAAGAAAUAGACAAAAAUCGUUAUAUAUUAGAAAAAAUUCUAAACUGUAUAAAAUUUUGUGGACAACAUAAUUUACCAUUAAGAGGUCACAAUGAAAAAAUUAAUUCUAAUAAUAAAGGUGUUUUUCUCGGUGUUAUUGAGUUAUGUAAAGACUUAGAUGUAAGUUUGCGUAGUCAUUUUGAAAAUUCAAAAGUGUUUAAAGGGACAUCUAAAACAAUACAGAAUGAUUUGUUAGAUUGUAUAUUACUUGUAGCUAGAAAACAAAUUUUAUUAGAAAUAGAAACUACACAAUUUGUAUCUAUAAUCGUCGACGAGACUACUGACAUUUCUAAUAUGUUUCAGUUAGUUAUUGUAUUUCGCUAUGAACUUAAAGGUCAACCAGUAGAACGUUUUUGGGGGUUUUUAAAUCCUGAUGGACACAAUGCAGAAUCAUUAACAUCAACAAUAUUAUCUGAAAUAAAUCCUAUUUUAAAAAAUACUCCAAAUAAACUAAUAGCACAAUCGUAUGAUGGCGCGGUAGUCAUGAGUGGACAAAAGAGUGGUGUUAAUGUUAGGGUUAAAGAACUAUACCCAUAUGCGUAUUACAUUCAUUGCUAUGCACACCAGUUAAACUUAAUUAUGACACAAUCAAUAUCUCAAAAUAAAGAAGUUCGCAUAUUUUUUUCAAAUUUAUCAGAAAUACCGGUAUUUUUUUCAAAUUCACCGCAAAGAGUAGCCGUAUUGGAUAAAUUAGUUGGCGUUAGAUUACCACGGGCAGUACAAACUCGGUGGAAUUUUAAUAUACGUACGGUUAACACUGUUUAUGAGUAUAGAAAUGAAAUAAUGGAGUGCAUGGACAAAAUCAUAGAAUCUUCUCAACAAACUUUGACUAUUAAUCAAGCAGGGUCAAUAAAACGUUUAUUAACAGAAAGAUGUUUUUCAACGCUGAAACGUAUAAAAACAUGUUUAAGAAGUACAAUGGGAGAAGAAAGGUUAAACGCUCUAACAAUGAUAAAUAUUGAAAACGAAAUGAUUUCCAAUGACGCUAAUUUUAAUAAAAAAGUGAUUGAUAUGUUUAGUGAAACAAAAGAUAGACGUUUAGAUUUUAAGUAUAAAGUUUUAUAA